AUGUGUGAAAAUCUGCUGCUAAUAUGUGCUGUGUUCAGAAUUGCCGUCUACUCGUUCUUCAGGAGACUGUGUGGAUUUGGACCUCCACCUGCGAAACCAAACUUUACAGUGUUGUGUCUAGGGUUAGAAGGUUCUGGAAAGAGCUCACUCCUGGCUGUGCUUAGUGGAGAAAAAUAUGAGGACAUACCACCAACUAUUGGUUUUAGUAUCAAAGCUCUAAUGUUUGAUGACUGCAUUGUUGAUGUCAAAGAGCUUGGAGGUCGUGAAUCUGUUCGUCCGUAUUGGGACCGAUAUUAUGCAGGAGCCCAAGGAAUCAUAUUUGUGGUGGAUAGCACUUCAUCUGAUGAGAACCUAAAGCUAGCCAGUAAUGAGUUACACAAAGCACUGGGUGAUCCUGUCCUGGAUGAUCUCCCUUUGUUAGUGUUGUGCAGUUACCAGGAUAAACAAAAUGCAAAGUCUCCCACUCAGAUUCAAGAAAUUCUUGAAGUGAACCUGGAGGACGGUCAUAGGCCUUGGACUAUACAUGGCUGUAGUAUUCAGGAUAGGGAGAGUAUCAAAGAGAGCUUUGAAAAAUUCAAUGAAUUCCUUUUACAUCCAAGUCAUUCCAAAUCAAAUAAUUCAGCUAACAAUGAUUUCAGCAGAUUGUGA